AUGAACAAUGCACUCAGAGGACAUAUUGUGCUUCAAUAUGUGAACCAGACUGAACUACAAUUUUCAGACAUUCAAGGAGGCUCUUUUCCUGAUCGAAAAACAUGCAUAUUUUACCUUUCGCUUCGUAACUUAGUUGCUAAUCCUCAAUAUCUCUCAAGUUGCACUUUUAAUAUUGAAUUUGAAAGAUUAAUUUUAAUAUGCUAUGUCGAUACUCCAGAUGUGAAUAGCAUUGAAGCGGUAAAUAAAUUCUGUUGUUUAAAUGCUAUAUCUUUAAUUCUUGCUUGGGAUAACGCAGAGUUGGGUAGAUAUGUUGAAACAAUCACAGUUUUACUCAAAGAAACUGGAAUUGGGGAGUGCAAUAAUCUUGACUUUCUCACAAUAACUUUUUCGACAUUAUCUGAAAUAACAUGUCUCAAUAAAUUAGAUGUUUCGACUUUCAUAAAUAUUUUCCCAGACUUACUGAUUGUACUGAACACUUCCGUUCUUGGUUUUGCCAGUGUUCCUGGGAUUGGUAUGCGGAAAGCACAGCAUAUCACGUCUUUAGUUCAGAAUGCCUUUCAUUGA